GCCCCGCCAGGGGGAGCGGCUGCGCCGGGCGGCCGGAGUGGACUGCGCGCGGGGCGCAAGGGGCGCCCCGGGCGCGCGGGGCGGCGGCCCAGCCCGGCCCGGCCGGCGGCCUCCCGCGUCCCCACCCUCUACCCGCCCCCGGCGCGGCCCUAUCCGCCCCCUCCGCCCCCUCCCGCGGCGCCUCUGCGCAGACUCAGUUCCUGGAGGAAGAUGGCGACCGCCGAGAAGCAGAAACACGACGGGCGGGUGAAGAUCGGACACUACAUCCUGGGGGACACCUUGGGGGUCGGCACCUUCGGCAAAGUGAAGGUUGGCAAACAUGAAUUGACUGGGCAUAAAGUUGCCGUGAAGAUACUCAAUCGACAGAAGAUUCGCAGUCUGGAUGUGGUAGGAAAAAUCCGCAGGGAAAUUCAGAACCUCAAGCUUUUCCGGCAUCCUCAUAUAAUUAAAUUGUACCAGGUCAUCAGUACACCAUCUGAUAUUUUCAUGGUGAUGGAAUAUGUCUCAGGAGGAGAACUAUUUGAUUAUAUCUGUAAAAAUGGAAGGAAAUCUGAUGUACCUGGAGUAGUAAGAACAGGCUUCAUGAAGGAGCUGGAUGAAAAAGAAAGCCGACGUCUGUUCCAGCAAAUCCUCUCUGGUGUGGAUUACUGCCACAGGCAUAUGGUGGUGCACAGGGAUUUGAAGCCUGAAAAUGUUCUGUUGGAUGCGCACAUGAAUGCAAAGAUAGCUGAUUUUGGUCUUUCAAACAUGAUGUCAGAUGGUGAAUUUUUAAGAACAAGUUGUGGCUCCCCCAACUAUGCGGCACCAGAAGUAAUUUCAGGAAGGUUGUACGCAGGCCCAGAGGUAGAUAUAUGGAGCAGUGGUGUUAUUCUUUACGCUUUACUCUGUGGAACUCUCCCAUUUGAUGAUGAUCAUGUGCCAACUCUGUUUAAGAAGAUCUGUGAUGGGAUCUUUUAUACCCCUCAGUACUUAAAUACUUCGGUGAUUAGCCUUCUAAAACAUAUGCUGCAGGUGGAUCCCAUGAAGAGAGCCACCAUCAAAGACAUCAGGGAACACGAAUGGUUUAAACAAGACCUUCCAAAAUAUCUCUUUCCUGAGGAUCCAUCAUACAGUUCAACCAUGAUUGAUGACGAAGCGUUAAAAGAAGUGUGUGAGAAGUUUGAGUGCUCGGAAGAAGAGGUGCUCAGCUGCCUUUACAACAGAAAUCACCAGGACCCGCUGGCAGUGGCCUACCACCUUAUCAUAGAUAACAGGAGGAUCAUGAACGAAGCCAAAGAUUUCUACCUGGCAACCAGCCCACCCGAUUCUUUCCUUGACGAUCACCAUUUAACUCGGCCCCAUCCGGAAAGAGUACCGUUUUUAGUCGCUGAAACGCCAAGGACACGCCACACCCUUGAUGAAUUAAAUCCACAGAAAUCCAAACACCAGGGUGUAAGGAAAGCAAAAUGGCAUCUGGGAAUUAGAAGUCAAAGUCGGCCAAACGAUAUCAUGGCAGAAGUAUGCAGAGCAAUUAAGCAGUUGGAUUAUGAAUGGAAGGUUGUAAACCCCUAUUAUUUGCGGGUACGAAGAAAGAAUCCUGUGACAAGCACGUAUUCCAAAAUGAGUCUACAGCUGUACCAAGUGGACAGUAGAACUUACUUACUGGAUUUCCGGAGUAUUGAUGAUGAAAUCACAGAAGCCAAAUCAGGGACAGCUACUCCACAGAGGUCGGGAUCCGUUAGCAACUAUCGAGCCUGCCAAAGGAACGAUUCAGAUGCUGACGCUCAAGGAAAAUCCUCAGAAGUUUCUCUUACCUCAUCUGUGACCUCACUCGACUCUCCUGUUGACUUAGCUCCAAGACCUGGAAGUCACACAAUAGAGUUUUUUGAGAUGUGUGCAAAUCUAAUCAAAAUACUUGCACAGUAAAUCUAAAAUUAUGCUUAUUUCUUUGAUAGCAAUAAGCAUGUAUAAUAAAUAACAGCUGAAUACUUCCAUUUGCAAUCAAGUUAUACAUAAUUAUAAUUGGGGAUUAGCCUUUUAGAACACAGUUUGCACAGAGAUUGGAACAUGAGUGAUAGGUAAAAGCCUAAGGUGCAGAAAUGAAAUGAGAACAUUUUGUUGUUUAUUGUUCAGCAGGCAUCUAUCAUCAUAUAAUAUAUGUACAAGAAUUAUAGGUUUCUCAGGCUCACUUGACUUUUUUCUGUUUUAAUUUUAGUGUACACAGGGCUUCGCAAAAUAUUAAUUUGCCAUAGGGCUUUCAUGUAUUAUUACAUGUUGAUAUGUUGUAUGUUGCUUCAUUUUUUUAUUCAAUAAAUAGUUGCUUAGAAUCCCCA